AUGGCCAGGAGCAGGGAAAGCCGAUACAGUGAGCUGACCAUGGCACGUUGUGUUGCGGAGCGGCGCCUGGGCGCCCUCGCCGGCACCAUGGCCCGAAAUGCAGAAAAAGCCAUGACUGCCCUGGCGAGGUUUCGUCAAGCUCAGCUGGAAGAGGGAAAAGUCAAGGAACGGAGACCCUUCCUUGCUUCUGAAUGUACUGAGUUGCCAAAGGCAGAGAAGUGGAGACGGCAGAUCAUUGGAGAAAUCUCAAAAAAGGUUGCUCAGAUUCAGAAUGUUGGCCCCAAGAUGCUGGAUCAUGAAGGUAAAGAAGUCCCAGGAAACCGAGGUUACAAGUACUUCGGGGCAGCAAAAGAUUUGCCUGGUGUCAGAGAGCUAUUUGAGAAAGAACCCCUUCCUCCUCCCAGAAAGACACGUGCUGAGCUCAUGAAGGCCAUUGAUUUUGAAUACUAUGGUUACCUGGAUGAAGAUGAUGGAGUUAUUGUGCCCUUGGAACAAGAAUAUGAGAAGAAACUCAGAGCUGAGCUGGUGGAAAAAUGGAAAGCCGAGAGAGAAGCUAGGCUGGCAAGGGGAGAAAAGGAAGAGGAGGAGGAGGAGGAGGAAGAGGAGAUCAACAUCUAUGCUGUCACGGAGGAGGAGUCUGAUGAGGAAGGCAGCCAGGAGAAGGCCGGGGAAGAUGGUCAGCAGAAGUUCAUUGCUCACGUGCCGGUGCCAUCACAGCAGGAGAUUGAGGAGGCGCUUGUACGGAGGAAGAAAAUGGAACUGCUCCAGAAAUAUGCAAGUGAGACCCUGCAGGCACAGAGUGAAGAAGCCAAGCGGCUCCUGGGGUACUAGGCUGAGCCAGAGCCCUUCUUGAACUCUGGAAGACUUGGUGGGUGUGCUUGGUAUGCCAUGGCGUGCCAUCCUCAUAGCUGCCCUGGGCUGUGACUAAGCUGCCUGGCGCUGGAAGGCCUGUGUCUUUCUCACCCUUCAGCUUGCCUCCAUUUCUGGACAUGUGAGCUGGCCUGAUAGUAGGGCCCUGUCCCUUCCCAGUAAGCUGCCAGGUAUUGAAUGCUUUAGUAACCAUCGCCUUUGUACAGAUGCCUUUGCUACCGUAUGGAUCCAUUUAUUUUUGUCUUGGAAUGUGUAAACUCUGUUCUCUGAAAAUUUAUUCUGCCCUAUUCUGUGCUUUGGGGAAUCAAGAAGGAUCAACUAGUAGCCAAUUUUAAAAAAUACAUGAUUUUUAUUCAAAUUACAUCCAAUUUGAGAAAUAUCUUCUCUGGGAGACUGAGAUGGUGUGUCUACCCUGAGAUGGAAUUCUGUGGUCAGUGGUGGAGCCAUCCCCGUGUCUGGGCACUGCUUACUUUCCCAUGAUCCCCCUCUGGGAAAGCCAUUUCACCUUCUCCUGUCCUGUGGACAGGAGUUUUGAGUUAGUGACUUUAUUUUUAUAACUUGUUUCAGAGAAAGGUACUUUUAUUAAAGGUUUUUAAUAAGAAAGGAAAUAUCUGUGCCUAGAGCUUGU